AUGGCGACCAAGGUACAAGGGAAAGAUGGCAAGGCGCCACCAGGAGCGGCUGUCAACCUCAUAGCAGGAGACACGAUCAAGGUCCGAAUGCAGCUCUCGCGCCGCGGCCGGACACCAGGGUCCCCCAAGCGGGGCUUCCUGCUCACGGGCGCCCACAUCGUCAAGCGCGAGACGCCCCUCGGCUUGUACAAGGGCCUCGGCGCCGUCAUGACCGGCAUCAUCCCCAAGAUGGCCAUCCGGUUCACCUCGUUCGAGGCCUACAAGCAGAUGCUGGCCGACAAGGAGACGGGCGCCGUGACGGGGCGCGCCACCUUCCUGGCCGGCCUGGCCGCCGGCGUCACCGAGGCCGUCGCCGUCGUCACCCCCAUGGAGGUCAUCAAGAUCCGCCUGCAGGCCCAGCACCACAGCCUGGCGGACCCCCUUGACAUACCAAAGUACCGCAACGCCGCCCACGCGCUGUACACCGUGCUUAAGGAGGAGGGCGUCGGCGCCCUCUACCGCGGCGUCAGCCUGACUGCCCUGCGCCAGGGCUCCAACCAGGCCGUCAACUUCACCGCCUACACAUACUUCAAGGAGGCCCUCAUGGCGUACCAGCCGCAGCGCGAGGGCAACGGCCUGCCUGGCUACCAGACAACCCUCAUCGGGCUUGUCAGCGGCGCCAUGGGCCCCCUGAGUAACGCGCCGAUCGAUACCAUCAAGACGCGCCUGCAGAAGACCCCGGCCGAGGAGGGCGUCAGCGCCAUGAAGAGGAUAACAGCCAUUGCCGGGGAUAUGUUCAGGCAAGAAGGUGUCCAUGCUUUCUACAAGGGUAUAACGCCGCGGAUAAUGCGCGUUGCGCCGGGCCAGGCUGUCACCUUCACAGUGUACGAGUACCUCAAGGACAAGAUCGAGCGUAGCCAGUGGACGUCUGUCGGAGGCAAGUACGAGGAGUAG